GUGAGGAGUGAGCAGUGAGCAGAAGCAGGCACGAUGAAGGCCCGCGGCACAAAGAGCGAGCGUGGGAACGCCGUGCCCAAGACGAAUGUGGAGGACAUCGUGGAGAAAGACUCCCCCGCGGCCAUGAGCUCCUUCCUGGCGACGAGGGGCGAGGCCCGUGGCCUCUCCACGAAGGCCCAGGCCGAGCUCCAGGAGGAGAUAGGCAAGGUCUCCAAGCGCAUUCACGACAAGUGGGGUACCCUGGAAAAGAAGUGGAGAGAUCUGGAGAGAGACAGAAGAGAUGCGGCCAACUCCUACGGCAUCACCGGGGGCGGCGGCCCUAUUGUGGAGCUCAACGUUGGCGGCACGGACAUGGACGUUCUACGAGAGGACCUGGUGAGGGCCGAGGAGUCCGUGCUAGCACUUGUUUUCGGCGGUAGAUGGGAGGGCCGGCUGCCGCGGGACUCGCGUGGGCGCGUGUUCGUGGACGUCUCGCCGUCGGUCUUCCGAAAAAUUGUGCAGUUUUUGGUCAAGUUGGGACGGGCGACUCCAGGCAAGCCUGUCGAGCUGCCCACCCUGACCCCCGAGGAGCAGCCGAACUUUGACCACCUCGUGCUGGUGCUGGGCCUGUGGCGGCAUGUGUACGAGGGCCGCGCCGCGUUGGCGCCGCCGCCCCCCGCUCGCGUCAAGCCGAAGGACAUUCCUGCCCCUGCUGUCGACCCGGCUGAUGCUAGAAAGUUUGGGAGGCAGGUGGCCACCGCGUUCGCCGUGGAAGAAGUCGUUCUCGAGACGGCCGAGCUCGAGUACCAGGCCGCCAAGGAGAAGUACGACAGAGAGGUGGCCUCGGUGGCGGAGUUCGCGGGUGCCCCUGGCGGCUUUGGGAGGGAAGGCGUCGAUGACGACAUGGUGGAACUCAACAUCGGCGGCACAGUCGUGUCUACGAGGCGGUCAACGCUGACCAGGUGCCCGAAUUCGGUUUUGGCGAGGAUGUUCGACCACAGCACCGAAAAAAAGACCCCCCCUUUCGUCAGGGACACGAAGGGGAGGUACUUUGUGCAGUAUAACGACUACUGCUUCGCGAAGAUCAUCGACGUGCUGAGGAUGAAGCGCUGGCCGUGGCCUCCGAUCAAAUCCUCGUUCGCGAACGGCACGACGCUGGACGCGAUGAGCAACAGCAGGUUCCGCAUCUUCGUGAGAGAGGACGAAAGGGAGGACUUCAGUUCGCUCACAUCUUAUUUCUUCCCCGGGAAUGAGAACUUCAUCCACGAAGCAAUCGGAAGGCGAGGCCAUCGCUCGCUCCGCGCGCGUCGAGUGCGUGCGCUGUUGAGUUUGGAGUGCUCUUGCUUUGUUUAG